ACUCUUGAAUAAUAAUCAGAGGCCAUUAUUCCUAAACCACGAUUAAUAUCACUGUCAAAUACUACUCCUCGCCGUCGUCAUCGUUAACUCCGAUUCACAAAAAUACAUAGCUCACCCAACUCUCCCUCCCCUUCCUCUCGCCGGAGUCGCCGCGGCCCUAGCCAUCGACCGGCGGCGGCGGCGGCGGCGGUAGCCGUGGGAUGGACGAAUUCGGCGGCGGAUCCGUCGGGCCGUUCUCCAAGAAGCCGAGGCACCUGUCCCGGUCGCUGACGUACCACCACCACCACCACCCCUACCAGGGCCAGGGGCGCUCGCCGUCGUUCAACGCGCGGCGCCAGCAUCAUCCGCAGCAGCAGGACCACGCGGUGGUGCUGUACACGACGUCGCUCCGCGGGGUGCGCCGCACGUUCGCGGACUGCGCCGCGGUGCGCGCCGUGCUGCGCGGGCUCCGGGUGGCGGUGGACGAGCGGGACGUGUCCAUGGACGCCUCGCUGCGGCGGGAGCUCCAGUCGCUGCUCGCGGCGCGGGGCCGCCCCUUCUCCCUCCCGCAGCUCCUCGUCGGGGCCCGCCUCGUGGGGGGAGCCGACGAGGUGCGGCAGCUGCACGAGGCCGGCGAGCUGCGCCGCCUCCUCGAGGGCGCCGCCGGGCAGGACCCGGCCUUCGUCUGCGGCGGCUGCGGGGGCGUCCGGUUCGUGCCAUGCCCCGCCUGCGACGGAUCCCGCAAGGUGUUUGUCCAGGAGGAAGGAUGCGCCCGCCGCUGCGGCGACUGCAACGAGAACGGAUUGGUACGCUGCCCCAAUUGCUGCUCUUGAUCGCUUAGCUUUGUGCAACAAUAAAUCUUCCAUGUUAAUAUAAGGAUUAUAGCUUAUAGGUAAUAGUAGUAGAUAGAGGCAAGAAGGGAUGAACACUUCUUGAUUUCUUGGCCUAUGGAUUGUAUGUGAUUAUGACCAAUUUGGGUGCUUAGUGUUCGGCGUUUGGGGAUUAUAGUGUAUGGAUUUGAGCCUAUAUGGGUUUGUAUGUAUCAAAUGUAACAAAUAUUCUGCAGUGCGUAGUCCUGCUGGUUUGAUCAAUGUAAAUAGUUGGGUUUGGUAUAUUCAGAAUACAGUUCAUGUCUCCUA